AUGGCUGCAGAUGACGAGUUUUGUUUAUUAAAUUCUUCCAUAUCAUCUUCCUGCUCAUCGUGUUUCUACGGGCCAUUUUGUCAAUUUACUACAGAAUAUUAUGGUAUUUUAUCAAUACAAAGUUUAUUCUGCUCAAUUCAAUCUAUACCAAUUAGUAUCAUUCUUAGUGUUUUUUUCUUCGGCAGUUUAUGUAAUCUAUUUGCUGUUGGUACAUUUUGUCAAUCAAAUGCACGUGAAAUGGGUAGUGGUAUUUAUCGUCUAUGGAUUUCUAUUAUCGGACAGUUAUGUGUAACAAUUGUCGUUAUUCAUACAAUUAUGGAAAAAAAUACUAGUGGAAAAAUAGGUUGUUUUAUUUUCGAAUAUGUUCGAAAAGCUCUUCAUGCUUCAUAUGAUUCAUUAACAGCAUGUACAACAUUAGAACGAACUAUGGUUAUCUAUCAAGGUAUUACAUUUAAUAAAGUGCAUAGUCGGCAAUUAGCGAAAUUAAUAAUACCUUCAUUACUAUUCUAUCAUUUUACUAUCAUUCUAUAUGAACCAUUUAAUCGUGAAUUAAUCUAUUCAAUGAACCGUUAUUGGUGUUUACUUAAAUUUCCAAAUCAAUUAUUCGUUAAUUUUGAAACUAUAACUAAUAUAUAUCAUUUCAUUGUUCCUUAUUUAAUCAAUCUAAUUUUACCUAUGUGUUGGAUUUUAGUCUUAACAAAAAACAGAUCAGCAUUAAAUAAACAUAUUUCAAUUUGGGUUAACUUUAAAAAUGUUUUAUUUAGUAAUAAACACGCGAUUAUCAGUUGUUAUAUACUUGUUCUUUUCAAUACACCUCGGCUUAUUUCAACAUUUUAUUUCACAUGUAUUAAAUUACGAUGCCAAAAUACAGCUUAUAUUACUGCUUAUUUUCUUUCGUUGGUACCACUUACGAUGAAUCUAUUUAUUUUUGUUUUACCAUCACCAAAAUAUCGACCAGAAUUUCUUAAUUUAGUUCAACGUAUUAAAAACUAUCGAUUUAGAAGUCAAUAUGUAUCAACAUAA